AUGUUGGCCAGAAGUUAUUUGAGGUCGCUGACAGUUCUGUCGCCAAUAAGGCGAUUCAACUCGACCAUCACCACCACGGUUGAAACGAAAAAUGAGGUUGAAUCUCAGAUAGAAGAUAAAAAAGCAUCCGAGGCUUCAGCAGAGUCUACACCGGCAGUGACUGAACCAGAAAUUAGCGAAAAACAAGCUGCAUACAUGGCCUCGCAGCAGUUGAAAGAAAUUUUCAACAUGACCAAAGGUGAGGUUCGUGAAGCCCUUGGUCCAGAGACCCAGAAGAGCGCGAAAGAGCAGGAAUUGGAGAAGGAGUUGGAUUCGUUUCUGUACGACUUUGCAACAAGAAUUCCUGUGGAAAGAACGUUGUCGAACGAGUCAGAUUCGUACCUGCCAAACUUGGUGAGAAGUAAAGACUCAGAACCCUACACUCCCCAGGAACUCGUGCUAAGAAAGAAAUUCGUGGAGAGCCAGUUCAACAAACUUGGCUCUGUGGUCAAAGAUGUGUAUGAACCAUUCAAGGAUGUACUGAUGCCACCAAAGCCUUCCAGCACCACGGUGCAGACGCUCAUGGCUGCGGGUGCUCAUUUGGGCCACUCAACGUCGCUAUGGCGUCCAUCGACCCAGCCGUUUUUGUAUGGCGAGUACAAGGGGAUCCACAUAAUCGAUCUCGAGAAGACUCUGGUGUAUUUGAAGCGUGCUGCGAAGGUGGUGGAAGGAGUUGCCGAGAACGGUGGUGUGAUUGUGUUUGUGGGUUCUAAAGAAGGCCAACACAGAUCUGUGGUCGAGGCUGCUAAGAGGGUCAAUGGUUUUUACGUGAGUCGCAGAUGGAUCCCAGGUGCUAUUUCCAAUCCAAAGAGCAAGCCCCAGCCAACUUUUGAGCUCGAUCUGGAGGACAAGCCAACUGACAGAGAGCUGUCGUUCUGGGAGAAGUCGAAGUACAUUAAGCCAGACUUGCUGGUGAUUUUGAACCCAGUUGAAAAUAGACCGGCCCUUAGUGAGGCCAGUAGGGCCAGAAUCCCAACUAUCGGAAUAGUGGAUACCAAUUGCGAGCCUUCGCUGUUGACCUACCCUAUUCCAGCUAACGACGAUUCGAUCAGAGCCACCAACAUCAUCGCCGGUGUGCUGUCCAAGGCUGGUGAAACUGGCAGAAAGAGAAGAUUGGAGACUGCCAAUGCCUACAAGGUUGCUCAGGGCUUGAGUUCGCAAGAGCUUGGUGUGAGAUUCAAGGAAGCCGUUUCGUCGAAGAUGGAUGCCUACUUCGAAGGCUGA